CCCGGCCGCGCCGCGCCCCAUGCACUCGCCGCGCCGCGCAGCCCGCGCACGCCCGGAUGGCUCGUCGCGCCGCGGGCGGCGCACCCCUUAGCGCCCGGGCCGCCGCGGCCAGCCCCCUGCCGCGGCGCCCGCCAUUCCCGGCCCCGUCGUGUCCGCUUCUGCUUCUGCUGUUCCUGGGGGCGGCGCGGAUCGACGCUCUGGAGAUCCAGCGCCGGUUCCCCUCGCCCACGCCCACCAACAACUUCGCCCUGGACGGCGCGGCGGGGACGGUGUACCUGGCGGCCGUCAACCGCCUCUACCAGCUGUCGGGCGCUAACCUGAGCCUGGAGGCCGAGGCGGCCGUGGGCCCAGUGGCGGACAGCCCGUUGUGUCACGCCCCGCAGCUGCCUCAGGCCUCGUGCGAGCACCCGCGGCGCCUCACUGACAACUACAACAAAAUCCUGCAGCUGGACCCGGGCCAGGGCCUGGUGGUCGUGUGCGGUUCCAUCUACCAGGGCUUCUGCCAGCUGCGGCGGCGGGGCAACAUCUCGGCGGUGGCGGUGCACUUCCCGCCCGCCGCGCCGCCCGCCCAGCCCGUCACGGUGUUCCCCAGCAUGCUGAACGUGGCGGCCAACCACCCAAACGCGUCCACCGUGGGGCUGGUCCUGCCGCCGGCCGCCGGCACCGGGGGCAGUCGCCUGCUCGUGGGCGCCACGUACACGGGCUACGGCAGCGCCUUCUUCCCGCGCAACUCCAGCCUGGAGGACCACCGCUUCGAGAACACGCCCGAAAUCUCCAUCCGCUCCCUGGAUGCGCGCGGCGACCUAGCCAAGCUCUUCACUUUCGACCUCAAUCCCUCCGACGACAACAUUCUCAAGAUCAAGCAGAGCGCCAAGGAGCAGCACAAGCUGGGCUUCGUGCGCGCCUUCCUGCAUCCUCCGGACCCGCAGCCGGGAGCCCAGACCUACGCGUAUCUGGCGCUCAACAGCGAGGCGCGCGCGGGCGACAAGGAGAGCCAGGCGCGGAGCCUGCUGGCGCGCAUCUGCCUGCCCCGCGGCGCCGGCGGCGACGCCAAGAAGCUCACUGAGUCCUACAUCCAGCUAGGCUUGCAGUGCGCGGGCGGCGCGGGCCGCGGCGAUCUCUACAGCCGCCUGGUAUCGGUCUUUCCCGCGCGAGAGAGGCUCUUUGCGGUCUUCGAGCGGCCGCAGGGAGCCCUGGCGGCCCGUACAGCUCCUGCGGCGCUCUGUGCCUUCCGCUUCGCCGACGUGCAAGCCGCAAUCCGCGCCGCACGCAACGCCUGCUUCGUGGACCCCGCACCCGACGUGGUGGCGGUGCUCGACAGCGUGGUGCAGGGCACCGGGCCAGCCUGUGAGCGCAAGCUCAACAUCCAGCUGCAGCCGGAGCAGCUGGACUGCGGGGCCGCCCACCUGCAGCACCCGCUGUCCAUCCUACAGCCCUUGAAGGCCUCGCCCAUGUUCCGAGCCCCGGGCCUCUCCUCCGUGGCUGUGGCCAGCGUGGGCAACUACACAGUGGUCUUCCUGGGCACAGUCAGUGGAAGGCUGCUGAAGAUCAACCUGAAUGAGAGCAUGCAGGUGGUUAGCAGGAGGGUAGUGACGGUGGCCUAUGGGGAGCCUGUGCACCACAUCAUGCAGUUUGAUCCCGCAGACCCCGGUUACCUCUAUCUGAUGACGUCCCACCAGAUGGCCAGGGUCAAAGUCGCUGCGUGCGCCAUGCACGCCACCUGCAGGGACUGCGUGGGUGCGGCUGACGCCUACUGCGGCUGGUGCGCCCUGGAGACUCGGUGCACCCUGCAGCAGGACUGCGCCAACUCCAGCCAGCCACAUUUCUGGACCAGUGCCAGCGAGGGCCCUGGCCACUGUCCCACCAUGACUGUCCUCCCGGCCAAGAUCGAUGUGCACCAGGAGUACCCGGGUAUGAUCCUGCAGAUCUCAGGGAGCCUGCCCAGCCUCAGUGGCAUGGAGAUGGCCUGUGACUAUGGAAACAACAUCCAUACUGUGGCCCGGGUCCCAGGCCCUGCUUAUGGCCACCAGAUCGCCUACUGCAACCUCCUGCCGAGGGACCAGUUCCCACCCUUUCUGCCCCACCAAGACCAUGUGACUGUGGAGAUGUUUCUGAGGGUCAACGGGCAGAACAUCGUCAGGGCCAGCUUCACCAUCUACGACUGCAGCCGUGUCGGACAGGUGUACCCCCACACGGCCUGCACCAGCUGCCUAUCAGCACAGUGGCCCUGUUUCUGGUGCAUCCAACAGCACGCCUGUGUCUCCAACCAGUCUCGCUGUGAGGCCUCAUCAAAUCCCAUGAACCCUCAGGACUGCCCGCAGAUCCUACCCGCAGCCCUGGCUCCUGUGCCCACGGGCAGCUCCCAGAGCGUCCCGGUGCAUCUGGCCAAUGCUGCCUUCUUCCAGGGCACAGCCCUUGAAUGUAGUUUUGGGCAGGAGGAGAUCUUCGAGGCCGUGUGGGUGAAUGAAUCAGCCGUACGCUGCAACCAAGUGGUGCUGCACACGACCCAGAAGAGCCAGGUGUUUCCACUCAGCCUCCAGCUAAAGGGACAGCCAGCCCGAUUCCUGGACAGCCCUGACCCUGUGACAGUGGAGGUCUAUAACUGUGCCAUGGGCAGCCCCGACUGUUCCCAGUGCCUGGGCCGGGAGGACCUGGGCCACCAGUGUGUGUGGAGUGAUGGCUGCCGUCUGCGAGGGACCCUGCAGCCCCUGCCUGGCACCUGCCCUGCGCCUGAGAUCCGGGCAAUUGAGCCCCUGAGUGGCCCCUUGGACGGCGGGACCCUGCUGACCAUUCGUGGCAGGAACCUGGGCCGGCGGUUCAGCGAUGUGGCCCACAGCGUGUGGAUUGGCAGCGUGGCCUGUGAGCCUCUGGCUGACAGAUACACAGUGUCGGAGGAGAUCGUGUGUGCCACGGGGCCAGCCCCAGGGGCAUUCUCGGACGUCGUGACGGUGAAUGCUUCCAAGGAGGGCAGGUCACGGGAGCGCUUCUCCUACGUGCUGCCCCUGGUGCAUGCCCUGGAGCCAACCAUGGGCCCCAAGGCAGGGGGCACCAGGAUCACCAUCCAAGGGAGCGACCUCCACGUGGGCUCAGAGCUCCAGGUCCUGGUGAAUGGCACAGAGCCCUGCACUGAGCUGGUGCGCACGGAUACCAGCAUUGCCUGCACGGUGCCUGGGGGCGCCCUGCCGGCCUCCGUGCCCGUGUGUGUGCGCUUCGAGCGCCGUGGCUGCGUGCACGGCAACCUCACCUUCUGGUACAUGCGGAACCCAGUCAUCACAGCCAUCCGUCCCCGCCGCAGCCACGUCAGCGGUGGCAGGACCAUCACAGUGGCCGGUGAGCGUUUCCACAUGGUGCAGAACGUGUCCAUGGCCGUGCACCACAUCGGCCGCGAGCCCACGCUCUGUAAGGUUCUCAACUCCACUCUCAUCACCUGCCCAUCGCCCGGCGCCCUGAGCAAUGCGUCUGCACCCGUGGACUUCUUCCUCAAUGGGCGGGCCUAUGCGGACGAGGCGGCAGUGGCCGAGGAGUUGCUGGACCCCGAGGAGGCCCAGCGGGGCAGCAGGUUCCGCCUGGACUACCUCCCUGACCCGCAGUUCUCCACGGCUAAGAGGGAGAAGUGGAUCAAGCACCACCCUGGGGAGCCGCUCACCCUGGUCAUCCAUGUGAGCGCCGUGGGGGGCGGGUGCCAGAGGUGGGGAGGUGGCCAGGCUCAGCCUUGGGCCUCACGAGUACCCCCUCUGCACCCACAGAAGGAGCAGGACAGCCUGGGCCUCGAGAGCCAUGAAUACCGGGUCAAGAUAGGCCAGGUGAGCUGCGACAUCCAGAUCGUCUCCGAGAGGGUCAUCCACUGCUCAGUCAAUGAGUCCCUGGGCACAGCCGAGGGGCAGCUGCCCAUCACGAUCCAGGUGGGGAACUUCAACCAGACCAUUGCCACGUUGCAGCUGGGAGGCAGCGAGACCGCCAUCAUUGUGUCCAUUGUCAUCUGCAGCAUCCUGCUGCUGCUGUCUGUGGUCGCCCUGUUCGUCUUCUGCACCAAGAGCCGCCGUGCCGAGCGCUACUGGCAGAAGACGCUGCUGCAGAUGGAAGAGAUGGAGUCCCAGAUCCGAGAGGAGAUCCGGAAAGGCUUCGCUGAGCUGCAGACAGACAUGACAGACCUGACCAAGGAGCUGAACCGCAGCCAGGGCAUCCCCUUCCUGGAGUACAAGCACUUUGUAACCCGCACCUUCUUCCCCAAGUGCUCCUCCCUCUAUGAAGAGCGUUAUGUGCUGCCAUCCCAGACCCUCAACUCCCAGGGCAGCUCCACGGUGCCGGAGACGCACCCACUGCUGGGAGAGUGGAAGAUCCCUGAGAGCUGCCGGCCCAACAUGGAAGAGGGCAUCAGCCUAUUCUCCUCGCUGCUCAACAACAAGCACUUCCUCAUCGUCUUUGUCCAUGCGCUGGAGCAACAGAAGGACUUUGCAGUGCGGGACAGGUGCAGCCUGGCGUCCCUGCUGACCAUCGCACUGCACGGUAAGCUCGAGUACUACACGGGCAUCAUGAAGGAGCUGCUGGUGGACCUCAUCGAUGCCUCUGCUGCCAAGAACCCCAAGCUCAUGCUGCGGCGCACAGAGUCUGUGGUCGAGAAAAUGCUGACCAACUGGAUGUCCAUCUGCAUGUACAGCUGCCUGCGGGAGACGGUGGGGGAGCCAUUCUUCCUGCUCCUGUGCGCCAUCAAGCAGCAGAUCAACAAGGGCUCCAUCGACGCCAUCACGGGCAAGGCCCGCUACACACUCAAUGAGGAGUGGCUGCUGCGUGAGAACAUCGAGGCCAAACCUCGGAACCUGAACGUGUCCUUCCAGGGCUGCGGCAUGGACUCACUGAGCGUGCGGGCCAUGGACACGGACACGCUGACCCAGGUGAAGGAGAAGAUCCUGGAAGCCUUCUGCAAGAACGUGCCCUACUCCCAGUGGCCACGCGCCGAGGACGUGGACCUCGAGUGGUUCGCCUCGAGCACACAGAGCUAUGUCCUGCGGGAUCUGGAUGACACCUCGGUGGUGGAAGAUGGCCGCAAGAAGCUCAACACGCUGGCACAUUACAAGAUCCCUGAAGGUGCCUCCCUGGCCAUGAGCCUCACAGACAAGAAGGACAACACCCUGGGUCGAGUGAAGGACUUGGACACGGAGAAGUAUUUCCAUUUGGUGCUGCCCACGGAUGAGCUGACUGAGCCCAAGAAGUCCCACCGGCAAAGUCACCGCAAGAAGGUGCUGCCGGAGAUCUACCUGACGCGCCUGCUGUCCACCAAGGGCACGCUGCAGAAGUUUCUAGAUGACCUGUUCAAGGCCAUUCUGAGCAUCCGUGAAGACAAGCCCCCACUGGCCGUCAAGUACUUCUUUGACUUCCUGGAAGAGCAAGCUGAGAAGAGGGGCAUCUCAGACCCUGACACGUUGCACAUCUGGAAGACCAACAGCCUUCCUCUCCGGUUCUGGGUGAACAUCCUGAAAAACCCUCAGUUUGUCUUCGACAUCGACAAGACGGACCACAUUGACGCCUGCCUCUCAGUCAUCGCGCAGGCCUUCAUUGAUGCCUGCUCCAUCUCCGACCUGCAGCUGGGCAAGGAUUCUCCAACCAACAAGCUCCUCUAUGCCAAGGAGAUUCCUGAGUACCGGAAAAUCGUGCAGCGCUACUACAAACAGAUCCAUGACAUGACCCCACUCAGUGAGCAGGAGAUGAAUGCGCACCUGGCUGAGGAGUCGAGGAAGUACCAGAAUGAGUUCAACACCAACGUGGCCAUGGCAGAGAUUUAUAAAUACGCCAAGAGGUAUCGCACCCAGAUUGUGGCCGCCCUGGAGGCAAACCCCACGGCGCGGAGGACACAGCUGCAGCACAAGUUUGAGCAGGUGGUGGCCCUGAUGGAGGACAACAUCUAUGAGUGCUACAGCGAGGCCUGAGCCCUUGUUGCCUGGGGACGGGUGCCCACUCUCUGCUUCCUUGUGUCCCCCGUGCCUCUGACUCCGGCUGGGAAAUAACUGAACAGAGGCCUGGGGUUGGGUGGCGGGGUGGGGGGGAAGGCAGGGAACCAGGGGCCUCUCUGAGCCAGGCGAAGGAGCCCCCAGCCCUGGCCCUGUGGGCACCGUCCCUUCCCACCUACCCACAGACCCAGGCUCUGGAGUGGGGACUCGAAUGCACAGCCUGGACGGCACCCCCACUCACUCUGCUGCGGCCCAGAGCCCUGCCCCACGCGGCCCUGCACCCAUGAACUGACCUUACAGGCAAAGGAGCCGCAGCCGGAAACACUACCUCAUCCAACCUGGCGGAGGGGAGGCCCCUGGAACCAGCCCCCAGUUGGUUUCUGCUUCAGCCACCAAAAUAUCCCCAUCAUCUCCCCUCACCCAGAGAGGACCUUGGCCACUCACAGCAUCAAGCAGCGUCAGAUUUUUGUUGCUCAAGUGGCCACCGGUGGAGGAGGCAGCCCCCACUGCCCGUGGCAGGCUCCGUACUGUCCAGGGAGCUGGUGGGUGGAGGAUGUGGGGACAGGUGCUGGCGAUCCUGGUCUCUAGGGAGAAGAGGGGAGGGGGCUGAGUUGCACCAAGGCUGUAGCUGGGCUACUUGAUCUUGCUGUAAGUGUUUCUACAGAUAGCACCACUUUUUUUUGUUUGUUUUUUUAAAAAAGCUUUUUUAUAUGUUAAAAAAACUUACCAUGCGCCAACUGUGAAUAGCUGCCGCUAGUGCAGAGGACCCAGGAGAGGUCCCCGAGGGCUCCCAGCACAACACUGGAAAUAAUGGUGCCAGGGAUGGACAGGCCUGGCGGAGACCCCCGGCGCCCUGAGAACAUCACCUUUUCUGUUGCCAUUAGAAUCGGUGUCUGGCUGACCCGGGGCCUGUGCAGACCCAGCCAGCGCAGGGACAGGCGGGGCCUGCUGGGCUAGAGGGGGAGGCUGGGAUGCUCUGGAAUCUUCUUUAUAAUAAAAGCCUGAUGGGAAAACGUG